UAUACUCGUUGAUUUGAGCUAAUUGGCGCGAUCUCUGGGGUAUACUGAUGAGUUCGAUGAUGGACGAAUCCCAGGUUCCUAUGACCGAGUAUGAGCAGAUUAAGUUCAAGAUGAAUCAAACGACUGACGAGUCACUGGAAGCCUCUCGACGGAUGAUGGCUUUAUGUGAGGAGGCCAAAGAGGCAGGGAUUUCUACACUGGUCAUGUUAGAUGAUCAAGGCGAACAAUUGGAUCGCAUAAAUGAGGGUAUGGAUCAGAUUAAUCAAGACAUGAAGGAUGCUGAGAAGAAUCUGGAUGAUCUAAACAAAUGCUGCGGACUUUGCGUGUUGCCUUGGAAUAAAGUUAAAAAGAAAGAUGAUUAUACCAAACAACUAAAGGAUGAGGAUAUGCGGGGUGGGGACGGACCUCGAAUAAUUGUGGAUCAAAACGGCAUGGGUCCAACUGGUGGUUAUAUUACACGAAUUACAAAUGAUGCACGAGAAGAUGAAAUGGACCAAAAUUUGCAGGAGGUUUCUGGUAUGAUCGGAAAUCUUCGUAACAUGGCUAUUGACAUGGGUAGUGAAAUUAAUCAGCAAAAUGUUCAGGUUGAGCGAAUACAGAUCAAGGUACGUAGUCUUCUUGUUAUUUUCUCAUCCAAAAGAUUUCUUCAACUAUUUUAUGGGUCUGUGUACGAGAUUGGUUGCCCUUUUGAAGUUGCUUCUGUGAUCCAUAACGUCAAGAUUCAAGUUGUCGUAGAGAUGUAGCACCCGAAUUCUGAAGACUAAACUAUGAAUUCUUAGCCUUACAGUACUUAUUUACAGCUCAAGUGCUUAGUAGAAUGUCUUUAAGGAAGUGCGCCACGCAAAACAAAAUGGCAGUGUAAUGAGGGAAUAGGUGAUAACGAGAAACGUAGACGAUAAAGGAUACAGUUGAAGCUAAAUCAAAUGCUGAACGAAUUAAAAAGGCUAAUGAACAAGCCAGUAAAUUGUUAAAAUAAGUCACAUGUAUUCGUUGAGUUUUCAUCAGAAUAUUGACUGCUGGAGAAACCCUUCAAUUCUUGGUAAAUUACUUCGAACACAGACUUUUCACAGCCACUUCCGUGUGCAUACGUGAAGCUUUUGUGAUAGUGCUUCACCAAGCCCUUUAUAUUCAUCUAUUUUGUUUAUAUAUUUAUCACAAAUCAAUUCAAGGGAAGUUUGUGAAGUGAGGAGCUGAAAUUUUUUGUUAUUGUUGUUGCCUCUUAUGGACAUUAAAUUUCUGUCAUUCUCAUAUACUUGUUUAUGUUUUCGAUUCAUUUCGUUCUGUAAAGUCAUUAGUUUCCUCUUUUUUGGUGAACAGCUUUAUUCUGAGUUAUCCUUGUCAAAGUUAUUCGCUAUUGUUUUCCUCAUUUUAUUUUGGUUCCUCUCAAAGUUGACACUCAAUACAUCGAUUUCAUGUUCAAAACUACACAUCUCACUAUCCACUCUUUAAAGUCCAAUUAAAGAGUUGUUAUCUAUCCACAUAUUGAGGCUUAUUCUCUUGUCAGUUAUGCUUUCAUAUUUACUAAGAUUCAUGAUUACCACCUACUAUUGAUGAUUUAUCUAACUAUUGUACUGGUAAUAAAGACCGAAAUGAAAAAAACCAACAGUGAUUUUACUACUAUUCUUGCCAUCCUAAAACAAGUCCACUUUUCCUUUGAUUUGUGCUUUUCUUUUCUAACAUACUUUUACGAGAUGUCAUUUUUUCCGAACAACUGAUUAUCAAUAUGAGAUAUAAUACAAAGUUGAUUUAUAAAUCAUGUAAAUCCAGUUGCGUUAUUCUCAUUAAUUAGUCGCGCAUUAUUUGUUAGAAAGUCUCAUCUCUUCCUAAGCUAACCCCUGGGGGUUCUGUAUUCUUUUAAGAAUGGGUUUAAUUAAAUCUUAGUUUAUUUUGCCCUUCUAGAAAGGUCAUUUAUAAUGCGUCAAUUAUUUCCGAUUGGAACCUUAAAAUUCGCAUAGAAUAUUCAAAGAAUAAACAUUGGAACAAAAAAUUAUUAUAGGUCUAUAAUUAUUUUAUUAAAGUGACCAAGAUUAAUUGUGCUAGUAAAUUAGACAACGUUUUGUUUAAAAAAAAGUGGUGUAGUUCCGCAUCUGUUACGGCUUACUUAAGCAUUUAAAAAUGCAUCAACUUUAGAUUGGUAAGAUCGCUUAAAAACGGUAGAAAAAUUUGUUGUCUGAUGUCGAGUUGCAAUCAGUGUAACAAAACGACUCAUUUGAAUUAAAUGCAUGGUAGAAAUUUCCUUUAGGUAAUUGAGAUCAUAAUGAUGAUAACAACAAUACGAUGUAUGAUAAUAGCGGUAGAUUGAUUGGGACUUGAUAUAUAACUGCGGGAGCUUUAUAAUAUCUUGUUCGCUAUCUGCUAAGUAGGAAAGGUUGGCUCUACUAAUAGAUUGUGUCCUCCAGUUCCUUUCGUUACUUGUCUAUUUCACCGCAUUAUUAAUUUACACUUAAUUCUCAUAAAUUUCUUGUCAUAAUUACUCCUGUAACACCUCUAUUAUCAGGUUCUUGAACAUAAACAUAGCUACUGACACACUACAAUAGUAGUGUUUCUUGACUUUAAGGCGGAUUGAACUCCGUUGGUCAAGUGUCUUAUAACUGUGUCACUGAAAAACAAAUUACAAAACAUUGUAAAUACGCUCUACUCGAACACUACUGAUCGAGUUAAAGUUGCUAGCAAGCUGUCAUCAGAAUCCCUUGACAGGUGUUGAAUAUCGUUCAGUGAUUAAACCACCAAAUGCCUUAGAGGAAUACUUAUAAAUGACUCAUGACAUUUUCAGAACUGUCUUUACUUGUCACUAUUUCUCUAAAUAUCCUUAUUGACACGCACCUGCUGUUGAUGGUUUCAACUGCGGUGAAAGGUGGUCAGCUACUAUAGAAAUGGGUAGUAUAUCAGUUCGCUAACCGACCAGUUUUUCUGUCUCGAUAUUAGUUCGCAAAGCUUUGCGGUGGUACUUUGGUUCUUGUAAACCUCACUCGGCCACACGAUACAGAACACUUCAGGCUAUUGGUUGCAUAUAAAUAUGAUAAUUCC